AAGUGAUAGGAAAUUAGUACGUCAUUUUGACAAUUAGUUUUGACAAAUAUUGUGUAAUUGAACGUACAAUUACAGACACAGGUUAAAUAAAAUUUAUUAUUAUAUAAAUAAAUUAAAGUUAAUAAUAAAAAGAUUUAACUAUUUGAUAAAUUUAUCAAUAACUAUAAAUAAUGUGAGAGACUGCUUAAGAAUUCAAAUCAUCACUCGCUGUUUGCAUACACAUGCAUGGAUGAUCAUAGCACAUAGCAGCUAUAUGUAUUAGCUACAUGACAAAAAUAAAAUAUUAAAAGCCGUUUAAAGCACACUCUAAAGACACAUAAUGCCUGGCGAACCACCAACAUCCACUGGCACUAAAUCCAAUAGCAAAGUCAAACGUAUAUCAAUACCCAGGGUACAAAGCAGUACGGACACCGAAUUACAGUCUCAACUGAGUCAAAGUGGCUCAACACCACUUCAACCCAUGGCUUUUCAUCACCUGAACUUUCGAACAGACUUUGAGGAUAGUUCAAUCCCUCCUGCUGUACAUUCACGUUUAUUUGAUCUAUUUCAACAAAUCCAAAAAGAAUUCGAGAUGGUCUACCUGGAGAACAUCGGGUUGCAAGAAAAAAUUGAUGCUUUGAACGAAAGACUUGAGCGUGAAUGCUAUGGGUCAGGUGAACGCAGUCUACCACUAGGUGAUUUUCCAGAUUAUUCUGAUUAUUCAAAAAAUCCACUUAAACCAAAGAGUACUCCUAGUUCCGCUCAAAAAAUAAAAGCUUCACAUAAACUGAAAGCCCAAACGAGCAAAAUAGUAUCUAGUUUUAAAAAUCCAACAAUGACGUGCACAAUGCAACGUCAGUAUGCAGGACACAAAGAUGGUGUAUGGGAAGUAAGUGUUGGACGUCCAGGACAACCGAUUAUAGCAACAGCAUCAGCAGAUCAUACGGCACGAGUUAUAGCAAUGGACAGUGGUCGUUGUUUACUUCAAUAUAUUGGUCACAGUGGUUCUGUUAAUUCAAUUCGUUUUCAUCCGACAAUAGACCUAGCACUUACAGCAAGUGGAGAUUGUACAGCUCAUAUUUGGCAAGCAGCAGUUAAUUGGGAUGUUGCUAAACGACACUCAUCAUCUGAAGAUUUGUCUGUUGAUCGUACACCAACAAAUGCAUCCUGUCUUGGUGAUGAUAAUGAAGAACUACCAACAUUGAGAACACCAGUACGUGAAUUAAUAGGUCAUACUGGUGUUGUUAUGGCUGCUGACUGGCUACCAGGUGCUGAUCAACUUGUUACAGCAUCAUGGGACAGAACUGCUAAUCUUUAUGACACUGAAACUGGUGAAGUUAUUCACACUCUGUGCGGUCAUGAUCAGGAAUUAACUUAUGUAUCUACUCACCAUCUACAACGUUUAUGUGUUACUGCAAGUCGUGAUAGCACAUUCAGACUGUGGGAUUUUAGAGAACCUAUUCAUUCUGUAUCCGUAUUUCAAGGACAUACUGAAGCUGUAACAUCAGCAGUUUUUACAAGAGAAGAUAAAAUUGUAUCUGGCUCAGACGAUCGUAGCGUAAAGGUUUGGGAAUUACGUAAUAUAAGGAGUCCACUUGCUACAAUUCGUGGUGACAGUGCAGCUAAUCGUUUAGCAGUAUCUAGCAAUGGAGUAGUUGCUAUUCCUCAUGAUAAUCGACAAAUUCGUUUAUUUGAUCUUAGUGGACAAAGGCUUGCUCGGCUUCCAAGAACAAGUAGACGAGGUCAUCGAAGGAUGGUAUGUGCAGUAGCAUGGGCAGAAGAACCCGGUGCCGUAUGUAAUUUAUUUUCAUGUGGUUUUGAUCGGCUUGUGUUAGGCUGGAAUGUUCUUCCAUUCAAAGAUGUUUAAAUAUUUAUAUACAUAU